AUGCUGAAAGAGAGGUCUGCUCUUCCGAUCUUCUCGUUUCGCGAUGAGCUUCUCAGGACGAUUCGCGUCAACCCUGUCACUGUCGUGUGUGCUGAAACCGGAGCUGGAAAGACAACGCAAUGUCCUCAGUACAUACUGGAAGAGGCGCUUUUGGGAGCCCGAGGUGACACAACAACGAUUCUGUGUAGUCAACCUCGACGCGUAGCUGCAAUUUCGGUAGCAGAACGCGUUUCGGAUGAAAUGUGCGAAGAUUCAGUUGGUAGACUUGUUGGGUAUCAAAUUCGGCUUGAGUCUCGCAGAUCAUCCGAAACUAGACUUCUUUUUUGUACCACUGGAGUUAUUCUUCGCCGGUUGGUCGAAGAUCCAACUCUGAAAGGCAUUUCUCACGUCAUUGUCGAUGAAGUCCAUGAACGACAAUGGCAAAUAGAUGUCCUCCUUGUGUCCCUUCGAGCGCUCCUGCAAGGAACGCGGUCCGACUUGAAGGUUGUGUUGAUGUCAGCUACUCUUGACGCAGACCUCUUUCGCUCCUUCUUUGGUGGAGCCCCGCUGGUCACUGUUCCUGGGCGGACGUUUCCGGUUGCUACUUAUCAUUUGGAAGAUAUUUUGGAAGCGACAAAUCACAUCAUUGAGGAACAUUCCCGAUAUGCUCUUAGACAGUAUGACGCUAGAGAAACAGUUUCAAUGUGGGUGUCGACAAAGGGGGGUGAGAGGAAAAGGCAAACCAGUCAGAUUAACUACGAUUUGAUUGAGGAUUUGCUCGAGUUUGUACUCUUGAAAAAUGGUACUACGCAAGCGCUUUCUCCUCCGGAAGGCGUCGACAUUUCCAAUGGUGCACUUCUCAUUUUCCUUCCUGGUGUCGGCGAAAUCAAGGCUCUAAGUGAGAGACUGCGUAGCAGCAGAAUGUUCGGGGACGCACGCUGGUUCACGAUCGUCCCAUUGCAUUCGCUUUUGUCCUCUGCGGAGCAACGACGUGCUUUCGAAAAGCCUCUUAACGGUCGUAGAAAUAUAAUCCUGUCGACAAACAUUGCAGAAACAAGCGUUACGAUUCCAGAUGUCGUUUGCGUUCUUGACUCUGGCCGAGUUCGUGAAGUACACUAUGAAAAACGAACGGCUACCAGAAAACUCGUUGCGACCUGGUGCUCCAAAGCAAGUGCAAAGCAACGCGCUGGAAGAGCCGGUCGCGUUCAGCCUGGUCUUUGCCUAAAAUUGUUUUCGUCGCUCACGGAACAAAAUAAUAUGAGACUAGCUACAGAGCCUGAGAUUCGUCGAAUACCACUCGAAGAAGUGUGUCUCAAUAUAUUAGCCUCUGGAUUUGCAGUAAAGUGUAGCGACUUCCUCUCUCUGACACCUGAACCGCCGGACCCAGACAACGUGAACGCCGCUCUGCAAGUGCUCCAGAACAUCAAGGCGCUGACGUACUCAGAUUCGACCCUUUCCGAGCGGCUGACUCCACUCGGUAAUCACCUGAGUCGGUUGCCGGUUGAUGUACGGCUCGGAAAGAUGAUGGUAUUCGGCACUCUCUUCCGUUGUAUCGACACGAUAGCAACCAUCGUCGCCGCAUUAUCUGCAUCCAAAUCUCCGUUCGUUAUGUCGUUGCAGGAUGCACAUCAAGCGAAGGCUGCCCAUUCCUCUUUUCACCACCCUAAAUCAGACUUUUUGACGCUAUUGAACGUUUGGGAGGCAUUUAACAAGUGUGAUACACAGUCCAAAUCGAGGCAAUUCUGCCAAGAUAAUUUCCUCAGUUUUGCAGUACUUCGGGAGAUGGGAGACGCGAGGAUCCAAUAUUUAGAGCUUCUCGUUGGCAUUGGCUUACUGGACAGAGUAAAGGCUGGAUACGACAAUCAAAGCCGUCGUUUUGACAGUCGCUUAUCAGCAAAAAGUCAGUACAAUCGUAACGGAAGGAAGGAGUCCAUUGUUCAUACUGUUAUCUGUGCGGGCCUGUAUCCGAAUGUUGCCCGAGUGCACCUAACCCCUCAGGGAGACCAAACCAUAUGGCAUAAACAAGAGCGCUUGUUUGUGCACUCUUCGUCGGUCAAUGCGAAAGCUUCUAGACAAUUGCCCAUCUGCUGGAUGGGAUAUCAUGAAAAAUUUGGGACCGGAAAUCGCGUUUCAAUAUCGACGACCUUCUUUGUACACCCACUUGCACUUCUUUUGUUCGGUGGUGAAAUCGUUGUCCUUCAUCCGCAAAAAAAGGUGACGAUCGACGGAUGGAUGGAGUUAUCGCUUGCUGCCAAGACGGGAGUCAUGUUUAUACAGCUACGCAAGCAAAUCGACAGUAUUCUUUCUACUCUGAUCGAUUGCACGGACAAGAAAAUUUUGGAAAGCGAAGCAGCGGAAUCAAUGGUUGACGGUAUAGUAUCUCUCCUCUCCUGA